AUGAAUUCAGAUAAAUCUACUGAAGAUACCCCAAAAAAAGUUCCUUCAAUUGAUUUACCAGAUGAGUUGUUUGAGGAGGGUUUACACCCCUGGAAGUUUUCGCUAAUUGGAAGAUUACAAUUGCAUAAGACUAAAUUUGUUGAUGCAACAAUUAUAUUAAGACAACAAUGGAAGUUGAUUGGUGAUUGCAAACUCAUUCCUCUUGGGAAAUCUUUUUUCACCAUUAAACUGGAUAAUGAAAUAGAUCGUAACUACAUCAAAGCUGGUGAACGGGAAGUUCUAAAUCAAGAGAAAAUAUUAUUUGCAAUUUGUAAAGAACUAGGAGAUCCAAUUAAAAUAGAUACUGCAACAGCAAAAUGUGAAGUUGGAUACUAUGCAAAUGUUUUGGUUGAGAUGGAUUUCGCUCAAUCAAUUCCUAGCAAAAUUUGGAUCAACACUAAGUUUGGCGGUUUCUUUCAAGAUAUUCUGAUUCAUGAUCGUCCUAAAUUUUGUACUACUUGUAAAAUUAUAGGGCACUUAGUCUCUGAAUGUUAUGUGGAUAAAAAUAAAACUAAGGAAUCAGUUCCGGCUAAGAAAUUUCAGGGAGCUAAUCAAUCAACUUCAGCCAAGGAAGUUAAUCAAGCAUCUCCAGCUAGAAUUCCUUUUGAUAUCUUUAAAGAAGAAGUUAUUCCAGUAGUAUCAUGGGCCACAAUUGUCAACAAAAAAGUAGUAACUCCAUCUGGUAGUAAUAUUGAUUCAGGAAGCAUAAAAGGCAUUAAUUCAAGCUCAUCAAAUAGCAGUGAUGUUGUAAACAAGGAAACGGUAAUUCCAUCUGCUAGUGUAGCUGCUUCAGUGGGCAAAAAAGAUAAUAAUGCAAGUUCAUCAACUGGUAGUCCUAGAAAAAGUAAGAGCCAAAAAGAAUUUGCAGUGCUUCUUUCUGUAGUAAGUUAA